AUGGAGGCAGGUGGAAGCGCCAGGAUCUCCCUAACCAUCCACACAGCCAGCGUCUGGAGCCAGGGACCCGUCUUCCUUCAGCCGAGGGUCCCGCAGGACAUGGCGAAGUUCCAGGCCCACGGAUGGCUGACGUUCCAGGAUGUGGCCAUAGGCUUCACUCAAGAGGAGUGGGAAUGCCUGGACCUCGGUCAGCGGGAAUUGUAUAGGGACGUGAUGUUAGAGAACUACAGGAACCUGGCCUCCUUGGCAGGUCUUGUGGUCUCUAAGCCAGACCUGAUCACCUUUCUGGAGCAAAUGAAGAAUCCCUGGGAUGUAAGGAGACUGGAGAUGCCAGCCAUGUACACAGCUGUGUCGUCUCACAACACCCAUGCUUUGAUGUCAAAGAAUCCAAGGUGA